AUGGCCUCCUCCGAAAUCGACCAGAAGUUUCUUGGGAAGCUCGCCAAAGCAGUCGAAAAUGACAACCCGCUGCUCGCGUCCGUCUUGUUCCGGAUCCUCGGACUCUCUAUCAACCUCUCGAACCAACUCAUCAAAGCCCGUAAACAGCGACGUCAAGAUGCCUCUCAAGCUGCAGCCGCCCUUGACCUCACCUGCCACAUCGUGUGGCUCUCGCGCGAGGGGCUAGUCCUCCUCCAGCAGUACGUUCUGCCCAUGGUUGGGAAUUACGUCGAGCUCAAGGUCCUGGCGUACAAACUCCGCGCUUCCUUCUACCACAUAUUUGUCCUCUUUCACAACACCCCAGCCGUCUCCACCAUGGGCGUCAACACCCCCGAGAGCCAGUCCACAUCAACAGUCCCCGGCCUCCCAUCACGUGUCGACAAGGGCAAAGGGGUCGCCAGGGAUGACGACGACGAAAACACCCCCAAAGGCGGACCAGUAGGACCGCCACCGGGCUUCGGCCCAACACCACCGACGGCCUUCCUCCUCAAGCCGGGCGACUACCUCCCCGAAGCCCACCAAUACUUCCGCGAAGCCGUGCACCUCGCCGACGAGCUGCUCUGGGGCUCCCACUCCCUCCGGCUCUCGGUCAAGACCGAGUACGCCGCCUUCCUGUACGAGUGCGUCCACGACGCCGACGGCAGCCGCAAGAUUGCCAAGGACACCAUUGCCGAGGUGUACGAGGCCACUGAGGGCAUCGACAACGACAUGUUCAACGAUGCCUGCGAGCUCGUCACCGUGCUCGGCAAGAUGAUGAAGCGCGGGUUGGGCUCGUCCAACAACACCCCGCGCAGCAAGGCCCAAGGGUCGAGCUCGGGGACAGGGACGGGGACGGGGACGACGCAGGGGACGCAGGGGGCCACUGGGACUCCGGCCGAGGGGGGGAAUGCCCCGGCCGGGAUGAUAUAA